CUUUCUUCAUAAGCUGUUUGCCACAUGCUAAUACAGGCCAACUCCCAAACGACAAACGAUGAACAGUUCAUCCUACUCAAACUACAGCAAAACUGGCAGAAUCAACCUCCCAUGAACUCAUGGCACUCAUCGUUUCCUUUCUGCAAUUGGACUGGAAUCACCUGCCACGAUGGUUCCGUCACCGCCAUUUCAUUUUACAACUGGAACAUCACAGGAAAAAUCCCUCCGGUCAUCUGCAAUCUCGAGAAUCUCAACCACCUCGACCUUGCAUACAACUACGUUACUGGAGAAUUCCCCACCUUUCUGUACAACUGUUCGAAACUCAUAUAUCUUGACCUUUCUCAGAAUUACUUCGCCGGCUUGAUUCCUGGUGAUAUCCACCGACUUUCUCGCCUCACCUACCUAAAUCUGGGCUUCAAGCCUUCAACAACUUCACCGGUGACAUCCCGGCGGCAAUUGGACUUUUAUCAGACUUGAAGACCCUUCGUCUUAAUCACAA